AUGCAGCCGGCAAUUGCCUUCGAAAGGCGGGGAAGCGAGGAGAAUGACGAAGCAAUGAAAUCACCACACACAAACUUUGGAGAUGAAGUCAUUGAAGUACUUCCGGAUCUCUCCUCUUCACCAAGCCCUGUCCAGGCGACUAGGACGGCGUCUGUCCCAGCAGAAAAACGGAGCUACUUCAGAGCUCAGUCUCGAAAGCGGUCCCACUCUGUUUUUCUGAAUCUCACCAUACCUCUCCUCGCAGUUUUAUUGUUUUGGUCCAUAUGCACAGCAGCCAGCAGCAAGCGACGAGCUGCAGGGGCCAGAGAACACUCGGCACGGGUGACCCGCCGCAGGCUGUCCGAUCGUGUUGAGGGUAUCGAUGAAGAAGAACACUCCAUCGUGGAGGGAUGCUUGUCGCUGGAGGCAGAGCUAGGGAUUUUUCGUGCAGAAGCAGGUGCACCUUCCUCCGGAGACCGGUCAAGGCGGAUUGCGGAGCUGGUUGCUUUUUUUUCUGACGCUGCAGCAGAGUAUGAGUCGAAACAACAAGUACAACAGGCGCUAGGUGAAGGCCCUUCCUUCGGAGGAUUCCCUGCUGCAACACAGACGGGUACAGUCAGACAUUUAAUAGGAGGCCAAGCGAAUGUCCCGUCUGGAAGCGGCGGACAGGCGCUUCAACCCUCCGUCCAUUUGCUGAACUACUCUGGAGACUAUGCUCCUGGCGUGGCUCCAGGGCUGACACCCGAUGCGUGGGUAUCAGGGUAUGCAGGCACUGUAAACGAGCAGAGCGUGGUAGAGAAACGAGACUCGUCAUGGAUCGCAGGUACCCCGUUGCAGGGGGAAGAACUGUCACUUGCUGUCAGCUUAGCUUCGGCAUAUCGACCGCUUCGUGACGGCAAAGAGCAACCCCAUUGGUUAAGCAAUUUUGCCAGCCAUCCGUUUCUGCGGUUGCCAGUAGUGGAAGCCGGCGUUGUGCCUCAAGACUUCGACCCGUCGGAAAUAUUUGCUUCCACCAAAAAGAGUGCAUCGUCGACCCCCUAUUUACUCGAACUAAGACGCUUAUUUGCUCAGAAAGCACUUAAUCAGAAAGAUGUGGAUGAGGUCGUGGUAAUAGUACGGGAGUUGGCGAACUACUUGUGGCUCAAAGCGAAUGAAAGCAUUAGACAAGUGAGACCCACUUUCGCGAGUGCAGCUUUGGGCUGCAUUUUCUGGGAGUUGGAUUCCUUGGUGUCAGCAGUUGAACUUUUGGGGGAACACCUGAAACUACAUCUGUGGUGGGAUAAGCUUGUAGAAGCCAUUGACACAGAAUACUCCCUGCCAUAUCCAAGUCACUUUGCUCGAAGAACAACUGUAUUCAACACAAAAUUGGCAAACCGCUUGCUAGCGGCCUUGCGAACUUACAAAACGGGGAACCGCCCUCCUCUUGGAGAAGUGCUCGACCUGAAACUAGAGCUUCUUCUCUCUCCGCUGUCGCCUCCGUUAUUUCAGGAUGCCCGGUGGGACCCUUUCAGAGAUGAUCACUUUUCGUUUGUGAGACAUGAAUCUUUGCCUACGAUUUGA